ACCUCUCUUCCUCCGGAUCGAUCUCCCUUUCCGCGCGGGAGGCGCCUCGCUCCCUUGGCCGGCCAGCUGAGGAUGGAGCGCCUCUCCGCAGCCCCAGCUUCCAGGAGUUAGCGGGACGCCGGAGCCGCAGCACCAGCAGCAGCCGAAGGCGGAGGAGGAGGGCUUUACAUUUCUACUGGAGUCAAGAAGAAACGACAGGAUGAGAACCAUACUGUGUGGCCUUCUGAAGUUUCUGGCAGUGGUGGCAACCACAUGUGCUUGGCCAGCAGCUGCUCCCAUGGGAGGAACCACAGAACCGGAGAUGUUUGACAGCCACAUGAUGGAGGUAGAGGAUGAACACCUUCUCCUGGACCCAGGGAGUCUGCUCAAGCUCUAUUGCAGCACCAAUCACAGCCAGGUCAUCUCAUGGUAUAAAGAAGCAAAACAGCUUUCCCCAAGUGGACGUAUCCAUAUGCGCCAGAGCAUGCUGGAGAUUGCUGAAGUAACCUAUGAGGACUCAGGACUGUACUCAUGCAGGGCACGGAGCACGGGGGAGACACUACGCAACUUCACGAUCUCUAUUGUGGAUUCCUUAGCAUCUGGUGAUGACGAUGAAGACAGUGAUGUGGACAGUUCUCAUAUUGACUCUAAUGAGGAGCCUGUAAACACACGACGAGCACCCUACUGGACACACCCCCAUCGAAUGGAUAAGAAGUUGUAUGCCGUCCCGGCAGGGAAUACAGUCAAGUUCCGCUGCCCAGCCUCAGGCAGCCCCAACCCAACUAUCCGCUGGCUGAAGAAUGGGAGGGACUUCCGAGGGGAGCACAGAAUAGGAGGAAUCAGGUUGAGGCAUCAACACUGGAGCUUGGUCAUGGAGAGUGUGGUACCCUCGGACCGAGGCAACUACACUUGCUUGGUGGAGAACAAGUUUGGCAGCAUCCGCUACAGCUACUUUUUGGAUGUACUAGAGAGAUCCCCGCACAGACCUAUCCUGCAAGCUGGGCUGCCUGCGAACACAACCGCUGUGGUAGGCAGUGAUGUGGAGUUCUUUUGCAAGGUAUACAGUGACGCCCAGCCUCACAUACAGUGGCUCAAACACAUUGAAGUGAAUGGGAGCAGUUAUGGUCCAGAUGGAGUCCCCUAUGUGCAAGUUCUUAAGACAGCAGAUAUUAACAGUUCAGAGGUGGAAGUGCUGUACUUGCGCAAUGUCUCCAUGGAAGAUGCUGGUGAAUACACCUGUCUGGCGGGGAAUUCCAUUGGCCUCUCCUACCAGUCAGCUUGGCUCACUGUGCUUCCAGAUGAAGAAGAAGUGCAAGAGCUGGAUAUCCCAGAAAUCAAGUAUACUGAUAUCAUCAUCUACACCUCAGGGGGGUUGGCCAUUAUUAUGGCUAUUGUCAUCGUCGUCUUGUGCCGAAUGCAAAUUCAGCCAAACAAGCAGCCCUUGGAACCCAUGACUGUACACAAACUCUCCAAAUUCCCACUCAUCCGACAGUUCUCACUAGAAUCGAGUUCCUCUGGAAAGUCCACCACAUCUUUGAUGCGUGUCACACGCCUUUCAUCAAGUUGUACUCCCAUGCUGGCUGGGGUCAUGGAAGUGGAGCUGCCUCUGGACUCAAAGUGGGAAUUUCCACGAGACAGACUGGUGCUGGGCAAACCGCUAGGUGAGGGCUGUUUUGGGCAGGUGGUAAGAGCAGAAGCCUAUGGGAUUGAUCAGGAGCGACCAGAGCGUCCCAUCACAGUAGCUGUCAAGAUGCUGAAAGAUAAUGCCACUGAUAAGGAUUUGGCUGAUCUCAUCUCAGAAAUGGAAAUGAUGAAACUGAUGGACCAGCAUAAGAAUAUCAUCAAUCUCUUGGGUGUCUGCACACAGGAUGGACCUCUCUAUGUGAUUGUGGAGUUUGCUGCGAAAGGAAACCUGCGAGAAUAUCUGCGUGCUCGUCGCCCUCCAACACCUGAUUACACCUUUGAUAUCACUAAGAUGCCCGAGGAACAGCUGUCCUUCAAAGACUUGGUGUCUUGUGUCUACCAGGUGGCACGUGGCAUGGAGUACUUGGAGUCCAAACGGUGCAUCCACCGGGACUUGGCUGCCCGCAAUGUUCUUGUCACUGAAGAGAAUGUCAUGAAAAUUGCUGAUUUUGGUUUGGCCCGUGGGGUUCAUGACAUAGACUACUACAAGAAAACCAGCAAUGGUCGUCUGCCUGUCAAAUGGAUGGCACCAGAAGCCCUCUUCGACAGAGUGUACACCCACCAGAGUGAUGUGUGGUCCUUCGGCAUUCUGAUGUGGGAGAUCUUUACUUUGGGUGGCUCCCCAUACCCAGGCAUCCCGGUGGAAGAACUCUUUAAGCUUCUCAGAGAAGGUCACCGCAUGGACAAGCCCUCCAACUGCACCCAUGAAUUGUAUAUGAUGAUGAGGGAAUGCUGGCAUGCUGUGCCUUCCCAGAGGCCCACUUUCAAGCAGCUGGUGGAGGGAUUGGAUAAGGUCCUAGUGGCUGUCUCUGAAGAGUAUCUGGACCUGUCUAUGCCCUUCGAACAAUAUUCCCCAUCCUGCGAGGACACAACCAGCACUUGCUCCUCCGAUGAUUCAGUCUUUACCCAUGAGCCCUUGCCUGCUAGCCCUUGCCUCUUUCCCUACCACAAUGUGAGGACAUGAGGAAGGAGGGACAAACUACAGACUCCAGGAAGGUGGUAGCAUUGGUUUCCUCCACGUGCCUGAUCUUGGUUCCAAAAGGAUUUCACACAGCUUGGGACAGAAGUUUUCAUGCCAUUCCUGGAGGAAGAAAGAACAGGUCCAAGUGUCUGCAUCUCAAGCUUCCACGACCUGCUGGAGAUGUGCAACCAAGGACUGGAUGCCUUCCUUGCGAAACAUAUGCAGGUGCCUCCGUGCUCUCUCUAUAAUCUCAGGUUCCCUCAAGGCAGAUUUUGCUCUAGCUGAGCCUUGAGUGCUGCCUGUGCUCUGAGGAGAAAUAGGACCAGAUAAGCAGGGAGGAACCUGAUCCCAGGGGGAAGAGCACUCUCUCUGUAUGUGGGCCUGUACCCAACCUUUGGGACCCAUCUUCCUCAGCCAUGGGGCACCUGCUUGGUUUUUUAUAUUAUUCCCAGUUUAAUAAUAUUUUUAAUGAAAUUCCAUUAUUUGGCAGGAGCCAAAGAACUUUCUCAGGCCAACAAGCUUCAUCUGGACAUACAAGAAGUAUAAGAUAACUUAUGCAGGUCAUGGACCUUCCCUUCUGGCUCCUGCAGCCCCUUGUACAUAACCCUAGAGAUAAAUAUUUAUGUACAUAUCAUUUCUAAUGCACAUGAAUUAUCCACACCCAUAAAUUAUUUUUUUGGAAUAGA